CUGGCUAAGACCAUAGUUGUUUUAGGGUUUAUAUUAUUUUGCUUAUAAGUGUCAGUAUGUUCAAACCAAUUUUAAUUAAUCAUCAAAUUACCCCAGACAGUAGACAACUAUUUCCGGCGCGCCAGAUAUGUGAAUUAUCGAAGAAUUUAUUUGCCGAAGAACUCUGUAGUGGCAUCCGAUUGCCGGUGGGAACUCCGGUUGUGUGUCGUUUCUGUAACAGUGACCGACAGUUCCUGUGCAAAUUGUUCACACCUUCUUUGCAAUACAUCGUAAAAAAUACGAUUUGUUAUGUGGAUCAAAGUGUGGAGGUGUCCUCUUCUUUUGUGACCACAAAGCAGCUGGUGGACUUUGAUAUCCUGGUUGUGAAGGACUUGAUCGAGAUUAAUGAAAACAUUUGUUAUUUCGACAAGGUUUCUGUAACCUUGAGUGUUGAUUGUAGUAAACUGAAUCUCGAUGUUACUAGUAAUAAAGUGGAGUUAGCUGAAUUGGUGAAAUAUUUGAUACGAACGUUCUUUUUUAGUAAAAACUGUCGAGUCCAUUUGAGUGAAAUAUCUGGUUCAAACUAUGGAAUUGCUAGUGUGACGAUUAAAAGUACUGAAGGUAGCAGUUCCUAUGGUCAAAUCGAUCGUAACACAAUUCUUUUAGUUGAAAAAAUUCUAUACACUGAUCAUCAGAGUAAAGAUUUGUUACAACUGGGAGGGUUGUUUUUUCCUAAAGUAAACAUACAAAAAUGUUUAAAUCAAACAGUAAAGGAAAAUAUGUUGUUGAUUGGGCCACCUGGUUCGGGGAAAAACUCACUAAUAGCACAACUUGGCCAAGAAGGAAAUCACCCGAUAUUCUGCAUUCGAGGAUUAAAUUUUAUCAGGUCUUACCCAGGUGAAACGGAGUUAGAGCUAAAAAAAACUUUCCAACGAAUCGAAAGAUUUGCUAGAUCUUUUGGGGAUUUAUGCAAAACAAUUUUGUUGGUAAAGGAUGUGGAAACCCUGUGUCCUAAGUUAAGUAACAAAAAAGAUGAAGAUUUAUUAAACAUCGCUAGAAUAUCUUCACAGUUUACGGCUCAACUAGAUAGAUUGCAUAAUUCUGAUAAUAAUAUUAUUGUAAUUGGAACUACUUCUAGUAUUGAAGGCUUAGAUCCGAGAAUUCGUCGUCCUUGUCGGUUUGGAAUUGAAGUUUUCAUUCGAAUGCCAUCCGAGGAACAUCGCAAGGACAUUCUUACCGUUGUGCUUGAGCGAACAGGUUUUGCUAUAGAUGCAUCUGUGUUAAAUGAAAUUAUCAAACGAACAGCUGGUUACGCAGGAUCGGAUUUAGAAUUGUUGAUUCACACGAUUCAAAGAUCCAUUGAUAGAAACCCCUCAAUCGCAUUGAUCGAAACCGUUGAUCAGUGCUUAAAGAAAAUACGACCAAAUUCGCUCCGGAAUUCUAUUGGAGUGUUAAGUUCUCUCACCAAUACGCUGGACUCAAUCGGAGGAAUGGAAACAUUGAAAAAAACGCUUCGGGUUUCAGUCCUUGGUCCACUUCAACAUCCUCAGGCAUUUCAAAGAUUUGGACUAAGUUAUCUAAAAGGUAUACUUCUCUAUGGACCUCCUGGGUGCGCUAAAACUACAAUCGCCAGAUGCCUAGCUGCUGAAUCCCGAAUGACAUUCGUUUCAGUUUCUGCUGCUGCAGUUUAUUCACCAUAUGUAGGACAAGCGGAGAAGUUAAUUACUAGACUGUUCAAUCAAGCACGACUUAGUGCCCCAGCUGUAAUUUUCUUGGAUGAAAUUGAUGCUUUGGUAGGUUGUCGCAGUAUGCAAGGAACCCGUUCAAAUGACGUUCACAUACGAGUUCUUUCGACUUUGUUAAUCGAAAUGGAUGGAAUUGGUGGAAGCUUUCAGUCAUCGAUGGCAAGCAGUGACGAUUCAAGAAACAUUUUAGUCAUUGCGGCUUCUAACCGACCGGAUAUGAUUGAUGGAGCUCUAUUAAGACCCGGUCGUAUUAAUAAGCUCAUCCACAUUCCAGCACCAGAUGUAUCGGCUCGGCUGGAAAUUUUGAAGAAAGUAUCGGCAAACGUACCUUUGGCAGAUGAUGUUUGCUUACAUCGGUUGGCAGAACAAACUGAGCGUUAUUCUGGAGCGGACUUGCGAAAUCUUUGUUCACAGGCUGCUUUGCACGCUGCUUCACUCGAUGACGAUAUUCAUCAAGUAACUAUGGCGCACUUUCAACACGUUCUACAGGAGAGCGGUCCUUCACUGACACAUGAACAAAUUGAAUGGUACUUCCAGUACGAGGCGGACCAUAAAACAUUAUGAGAUUUAACAAAAUGUCGAUCGAUCAAUCAG